AAAAAAGUCAGCUUUUGUCAGCUGACCUGCGCGGUCACAUGACUGCGGUUGUUUCCAAUGGAGUCCUGUCGUCUACUUCCUCGGCAAGCAGCAGACAAUUUAGGAUUAAAGAGCUGAUUUUUAAGACGUUUGUUUGAGAUUUGAGAGCGCCAAGAAGACGGAAGUUUGCAGUUAGCGGACUGACUUCCAGGUUUGGGUUGAGCGCUGAAGAAGAUCAGGUGUCAAAGUCUGAAGUAAGACAAGAUAAGUGCAGGAUGCCGUCCAACAAGUCGGUGUCCGAGGCUCCCAUCACGCAGUUCGUCAACUGCAGGAUCCUCAGGGACCACCGGCUGCUCAGGGAGGACCUGUGGGUGCGCGAAGGGAAGAUUCUGGAUCCUGAAAAGCUAUUUUUCGACGAGAAGGCGUAUGCCGACAAGCGAGUAGAUUGUGAGGGCACCAUCCUGGCGCCCGGUUUCAUCGACGUCCAGAUGAAUGGAGGUUACGGCGUGGACUUCUCUCAAGUCGCCGAGGGCGUCAACGCCGGCGUCUCCUUGGUGGCCCGGAAGGUUCUGGAGCACGGCGUCACGUCCUUCUGUCCCACGCUGGUCACGUCUCCUCUGGACGUCUAUCACAAGGUUCUGCCUCAGGUCAAGGUUCACGAUGGAGGCAGGCACGGAGCGGGCGUUCUCGGGGUCCACCUGGAGGGUCCGUUUAUCAGCGCCGAGAAAAAGGGCGCCCAUCCCGAGCGCUUCCUGCGCACCUUCGCCUCAGGAGGCUCGGCGGACCUGAUUGAGGUCUACGGCAGCCUGGACGACGUCGCCAUGGUGACGCUGGCUCCCGAGCUGGAGGGCAGCCAAUCGGCGGUGAAGGAGCUCUGCCGAAGGGGCGUGACCGUGUCGCUCGGACAUUCUGUGGCCAACUUGUCCCAAGCGGAGGAGGCGGUCCGACAUGGCGCCUCCUUCAUCACCCACCUCUUCAACGCCAUGCUGCCCUUCCACCAUCGAGACCCGGGCAUCGUGGGCCUGCUGACCAGCGACCGGAUCCCGGAGGGGAGGAGCGUGUUUUACGGGAUGAUCGCUGACGGGAUCCACACCAACCCCGCCGCUCUGCGCAUCGCUCACCGUGCUCACCCGGCAGGUUUGGUGUUGGUGACGGACGCCAUCGCUGCCAUGGGCCUUCCUCCAGGUCGCCACAUGCUGGGCCAGCAGGUCAUUGAGAUCCAGGGUCUGCACGCUUUCGUAGAAGGCACGCAGACGCUGAGUGGCAGCAUCGCCACCAUGGACAUGUGUGUGCGUCACUUCAAACACGCCUCAGGCUGCAGUGUGGAAGAAGCGCUAGAAGCAGCAUCGUUACAUCCUGCUCAACUUUUGGGAAUCAGCCACCAGAAAGGAAACUUGGACUUUGGUUCAGACGCAGACAUGGUGUUGUUGAAUGACUCGCUGGGAGUGACGGCGACCUACAUCAGCGGACAUGAAGUGUGGAGGAAAAACCAAGCGAAGGCAGACUGACCUCUAACCUCUUCUCAUUAAACAAACCCGUUCACUUUUUUACGUGUUAAGUCGUGACAUAAUUUCCUGCCGCAUCUACCAAAAUAAAGGCUGAGUGGAGGAGUAAAGGUUGAGCAU